UGCGCGGGACAGUUAAAUCCGCCCUUACCGACGAAUCGUAUGCUCUUCGGCGAUCGCACACCGAACGCUCCGCACAGUACUUCCGCGAUGUCCACCACGGCAGGAGCACCGAAGCAGCAGCAGCAGCACCAGCUACCCAGCUACCUCACGGAAUCGCUGAUCCAGCGCUCCCUCGAGCACGAUCUGCAGCGCCCGGUAACGAUCGAUCGGUUCACGGCGGGUCCUGCAACAGCCGCCGGCGAUAACUACCUGAGCGAUGUGUUCUGGAUCCGGGUCGAGUACGAUGGCGGAGCGUCCGAGAAGCGCCUGCUAGCGAAGUGCAUGCCGGACAUUGGUGACCGCGGCGCGACGCUCGACGUGCUGGACGCAUUCUGCAAGGAGUCGGAAACGUUCCAACACCUGCUGCCCGAGUUCACCCGCCUGGUCGGUGGGGGGGAACAGUUUGGGGCGAAGUGUUACUACGCCACCACCGAACCGGUGCGCACGAUCGUGUUCGAGGAUCUGAAAGCGCUCGGCUUUCGCAUGUGCGACCGGACGAAGGGUGGCCUGGACUACGACCACAUGACGCUGGUGAUGCGCAAGAUUGCCCGCUUCCAUGCCGCCUCGAUGCUGUACGCGAAGCAAAGCGCAGAGCAUCAGCGCCGUCUCGCCAGCCGGUACGCGUACGGGCUGCACAAUCCGCAGGAGCAGCCGGAAGACUCGCGCAUACUGCAGGCGCUACAGAAGGGGCUGGAGAAGUUCAUUUCCGUUGCGGGCGGAUGGCCCGAGCUGGAGGGGGGUGUGUUGCGCCAGCUGGAAGCAUUGCUGCCCGUGUUUAAGGAGCGCAUUGCUGGGUGUGUGAAGCCACGGCAACCGGGGGCCCGUUACGAGGUGCUGAACCAUGGCGAUCUGUGGAGCAACAACAUGAUGUUCCGGUACGGGCCGGACGAUAAGACGGUGGAGGAAAUCAUCUUCGUGGACUACCAAAUCUCCAACUAUGGCAGUCCGGGCCUGGACCUUGUCUACACGCUGUACAACUGUCCGCACCGGGACGUGCGUAUUGCGAGGCGUGCGGAGCUGCUGCAAGAGUACCAUCGCGUGUUGGCUGACGCAUUGCGCAAAAAUGGGUACGACAGGGUACCGACGAUGGACGAUGUGAGGGAGGAGUUUACUCGCAAUGAGUUUUUCGGACUCGUCUGUGCGAUCACCUUUCUGCCGAUCAUGACGAUGGAACGGACCAAGGAUCUGGACCUUAGUUUCGAUGCGUUCUUCAAGGAGGGCCACGGGGAGAUCCUGCGGGACAGGCAGUACAAUGGGGCGGUGUUCCGGCAAGCCGUCGUGCCGAUCCUACACGAUCUGCACGCACGUGGCUAUGUUCGGUAGGAAGGGAAGCGGAAGUUUACGCUGCACGUUCAAAAUAAAGUACAAUAAC